ACCGGCCGUCUGCUCGGCCGACCAAUUACACUCGGGGCCGACACCGAGUAUAUAGAAGAGCCACGGCGGCUCCAGCGACUGAUUUCCGCUCGAAGAACCGCGAACCGAGCAUCCACGUUCAUCGAUUCCUCCGCCCGCCACAGCCAUGAGACUUCCAAUCCUCUUUAUCGCCUUGUUGUUCGUUUCGACGACGAUGGGGCAAGAGAAGAACGGUCAGCGUUCCCCUCGUGCACCGCAGCCGCAACUCAAAUACCAAGAUCCGAACGGUCUAAAGGUCGAUUGGAAAUUUUUCGGCAUCCUGAAUCAGUUUCGACCUCGGCAGAAAUCCAGCGAGCAAACGGAGGCGGAGUCUCAGCAAUUGCAGGACGAACAGUCGCAACUCGUCCAGAUCGAAUCCGAUCGGUUGGAACACAGAUCGUAUUUGCAACAUGAAGCACAGCCAGAGGCUCAACAGAUACGGUACAAAACGUUCGUUCAACCGAUCGACGUCCAAUCGCCUGAUCCAAAUCAGAUUCAGUACGGCAGAUACUCGGAUCCUCACGCGAAGCAAGUGAUAGUGGAAGACUUCAAACAUCCUGACCCAUCAUCCUCCGUUUACGCUUAUUCUCAGCAAUCGGCCCAGCACGAUCAACAAUCGGCCCAGUACGAGACGUCUGAGAAUUACGGCGAGGAACCACGGAAAACCAGGCGAGAGUAUGCGAACAGGGGUAGAAUCGUGUACAAAGGUAGCUACGAACAGCAACAACAGGAAGAGCCUCGGGUGGAGCAGAUCGCUGUGCCCGUGGAAAGGCUUCCAUCGCCGAUCCCUCAGAAAUUGGUCAUCGAUAAGAACAUGCCUAUUCAGAUUCAACAGUUGCUUCAAUAUCAGGCAAGAUUGCCAUACGAAGUGAUCGCCAACAGUAUUACGUACAAACCGAAAUCUUUGUUCGUGCCUAAGCCAAUUCCUGUAGAUGGAAAAGGACCGUAUCAGUAUCGAAGCAAGGUUUAUUACGUGAACAAUGAACAGUACGACGACGAAUUCCACUCGACUAAACCUGUCCAGGAGAAUCAGAGGCAUUAAUGGAAUUUGGAAUUUGAAAUUUUAUCGGAGUUGGAGUUUUUUUUUAUGUUUGUUUGGUUUGGAAUUUUGAUCGGUUCAAUCAAAGAUGAGGUUUGACUUGAGAUGGAAGGAAAUGAGAGGAUUCAUCGUUUUAUUUCGUUUUUAUAUCAGUACUAGAAUUAAAAUGUAUAUCUGAAUAUGAUGGUUUGUAGAUGGUUUAAAGUUAUUUAAAAAAUAAUUAGAUGUAUUAAUCGUGUCGUCUGUCUGGAUAAAAAAAUUUUGAUAUUAAUUUUGCUGAUAAUUAUAAAAACGAAAAUCUGAAAUCAAUUUUUGUCCAUCGUUCAACGGAAAAAUCGAAGAUAUUUCCAAUCUCGACAAUCUCUCUUGUUGAAGAACAAAGGUUUACACUUUUUGAGUAAUAUAUUCUGGUAUAUUAUUAAGUCGCACACAGUUACUUUAUUAAAUUCAGUCACUGAUUUCAGCUUUAAUUUUUAUUCACGAUUCUUCUUACAGCUUUAAUGGAUACAAUGGAUACAAUUGUUUAUCAAUAUUUUCAAUUUGGAUUUCGUCAUAACGACAAAAUUCAAUUAUAGCUUAUAAUUCGUAUAUAAUAUACACUUAAAAUAAAAACCAUAUCACCGUAAAUUUAGUAUAUAAAUAUUAUUAAUUUUUAUACAAAUUUAUAUAUUUUUUGAAAUCACUUAUGCCGCAAUAAAAAUCCCACUAAUUUAUAAUUAUAUCUAUUUCAGUAUAUUCGAUAACAAAAAUAUAAUAUUAUCGUAUUUCUUUAACAAUUAUUUAUCCCGCAAUAAAUAUUUCGAACAGAUGUAACAAUUAAUAUCGAUCUUUUUUAAAUCAAUAUAAACUUCAAAAGAAAAACAAAAAAAAAAGAAAAAGAAAGAAAACAAUUUUUGGAACUCACACAUAUGUAACACAUAAUUUCCAUCCAUCUCUAUAAAUUCCAUCGUCUUAAAAUAAAAUAAAUAAUUCAAAUUUUUUUUUCUCCGCACAACAAAAUCAUUCCUCGUUUCCAUGAACGUUUCCAGACGUGAAUGGCGUGAACGGAACUUCCGGCGUAAAAGUAACUCGAGCGCACGGUUACGAAAUGGUUAUCGAUCUCUCGAGAGCCGCUUCCUAGGGGAAUUUAUCGAAUAUCACGCGCUCGAGCACGAUCUGCUCCGUUUACUCGUCGAUAAAUCUCCCCUUGUUGAAGCACGCGUAGAAAGUCGGAUGGUUUCCACCUUUCUAAUAAAGACGCGUGCUCUGACCGAUGAUGGAAAGCGAUACGAUAAUAUCGAACGUUCGUACGACAAGUCGAAAGUAAAUACGAUCGUUUGUUUUGAAUCGACGAUCGUGUAUCGUAGAGUAUAAUAUUUAUCAUUAGGAUGUCGAGCGAUAUCUGUAUAGGAAAUCGAUUUCAGUUAGUUCAAUCGAGGUAUUCGUGUUUGUUAACAUCGUAGGAAAGCAACGAUCUAUGUAAUUUCGCGUUGCAUAUCGGUUUGAUUAAUUAUAAAAAGAAGAGGAAAUAGUUGUGUAUCGAAUAGAAUAUUUUAAUUUAUAGAAUUUUCUUUCUUUUCUUGAAUAAAAAUUUUCUGGAAUUUUAA